UACUCUUGCAGAGUUAGAAGUUUGCCUAUCGACGUUUCUCUUAUUAUUUCAGGCUACGCGAAAAAGCAAGGUUUGGCUCAAGCUUAGGUUUGGCAAGCCCGAAUGUUUUGGCUUGUGACAUCCCUACUGUAUUAUGUCCUAUACUAAAUGUAUCAUCUGGUUUGGUAUAUGGGGGAAGUGGAGGAGGCCCGUUCAAUGAUUCAUCUGAUAUUAAUGACAAUUGUCCUCUUUAUCCAUCAAGAAUUUAUUUUACUGCAGACUCUGACGGUGUGUCAGAAAUACAAAUGACCUAUACAACUGCGGAUCAGAGUAGUGCAAUACAAUUGAGUGUCAGAGGUGGUUAUUCGUCUGCUCAGGAUUCGGAAACAUUGAUCUUAGACAAAGACGAAAGAAUUAUUAAAGUGAAUGGCAUUGCUGGACAGUUGUUGAUGGCACUACAAUUUCAUACAAACAAAGGUCGACGAACACGACUCCUUGGCAGAAGCGACGGCUCGUCGUGGUCAGAAGGUGGAGGCGAUACUUGCGUAUUUAGUUAUCUUAAUGGUCGUAGUGGUAAUAGCUUGGAUCAAAUACAGUUAAAUUUUAUUGAAGCUGAUCCGGGUAUGGUAAUAAGCACAAUUCCAAGAGUAAUUUGUUCUACAGCAGCAGCAGCAGCAGCAGCAAAUGUGGUCUAUUGGUCGCUCAGUGGCGAUACAUUAAGUAUGUUUAAUACGUUAUACAAUGCCCAAACGGUAAAUAAUCCAGUUUAUUCAUCUGGUUACAGUUUUCCCAUAGCUUUGUUAUUGACAAAAGCAAAUAAACAAUACGCAAUUGCACAAUCAAUUGAAGUUUUUACAUCAGCCUUUACAGUUGAAGCAUGGAUUAAUUUAAACAGUGUUAAUACAGCUGGAUAUAUGAGUAUAAUCGGUCAGUGUGCAGACGUAAAAAACUGUAUGUACAUUGGCAUUUUAAAUGGCAGCCUUUUCAUGUCGUGGGGUGCUGGUGAAUACCAAUUACUUUAUUUGAAUGGUGGACUUGUUGGGCAAGGAGCAACAACGACUAUUACUCCCAGUAGCUCUGGUGGGAAUAUAACCAUUGGUACAACACAAGAUGAAAAUCAGUUAGAAACGUAUUUUGAUGGUAAAAUCGGACAGAUUUUAAUAAGUAGUGGUUUAAAAACACCGCAGGAAAUACUCGAAGAUGCAACGUUAAUUGCCUAUUACACAUUUGGCUGCGACGGCUACGUGGAUUUUCAACAAGACAGUGGCCCAAAUUAUAUGGAUGGAACAGGCUCUGACGUUAUAGCUACGAGUGCAAAUGGCAUACAUGAUCAUAGUCUUUGGUUUAAUAUUUCAACAUCGUAUUUUCAAAUAUCAAAUUUAGUUGCCUUUGGGCAGGGAAGCCAACCAUUUUCAAUCUUAUUGUGGUUAAGACCAUCUGAUAUCACAGGUGGGACCAUUAUACAUGCUUCCCCGUUUUCUUCUGGAACCGGAUUUUGUUAUCCGUAUAUGGGACUAAGUAAUACUGGAUCUAUCGUCGUUCAGUUAUAUAACGGUAAUGUUGUCAGUGUCACAGGACCGAUAUUACAAUUAAAUCAAUGGACACAUAUUGCUCAAACAUUUUCUCCAUCACAUGGGCUCCAGUUGUAUGUUAAUGGUACGCUAGCCGCAAGUAACAGCAUGUCAUCAUAUAAUACAAAUAACAGUCCAUUCUAUUUUACGCUUGGUAAUUCAAGAGCAGGAGCCAUUUGUGUAACUGCAGGAAUUACAAUACAGCCGUAUACUGGUCAGAUGGAUGAAGUACGAUUUUAUAGUCGUGAAUUGUCUAAUACGGAAAUAUUACCAUUACUUUGA